AUGCUAUCCCCUCAACUCCUCCUCCUCUCCCUCCUCCCCCUCAUCCAUGCCCAAGAGACCGUCCUCGGAGUCUUCAUCUUCCACCGCCACGGCGACCGAACCUCCAAGUCCUUCGCGCCCACCACCCUCACAGAUCUCGGAUACGUUCAAGUCCACCAUUCGGGCUCCUAUUACCGGGAUCGCUACGUCUCCACCAAUGCCUCCUCGAAGAUCUACGGGCUGGCCUCCGAUAUCGUCAAAACCUCCCAGUUGAGCGUCGAAGCUCCAGUGGAUACCGUGCUUCAGAAUUCUGCUGCGGGAUUCUUGCAGGGUCUUUAUCCUCCUGUGCAGCAGGUUAACACUCUUGCUAAUGGGACGGUGGUUUCAGCACCGCUGGGCGGUUAUCAGUUGAUUCCUGUCAAUGCUGUUGCCAGUGCUUCUUCCAAUGCUAAUUCUGAGAACUCCGCUUGGUUACAAGGAAACAGUGGUUGUGGAAAUGCUGUUGUCAGUUCCAAUAACUAUUUCUUCUCGGAAGAGUACUUGAACAAAUUGAAGUCGACUACCGACUUCUACCAAAGCAUUCUGCCCGUCAUCAACAACACGUUCACUGCUGCUACCAAUACCUACAAGAACGCAUACUCCAUUUUUGAUCUGGUUCAUGUCUCGACCAUCCACAAUGCCACUAUCCAAUCUGGGGAUCUUCUUACUUCAGACACACAAUACCAGCUAUUGCAACUAGCCAACGAUCACGAGUACAACCUUGCUUACAAUGCAAGCGAUCCUAUUCGAGCCAUUGCCGGUAGCACUCUCGCAGCCCAAAUCGUCCAAAACCUCAACAAAACAAUCACCAGCAAAUCCGCAAAUCCAGUCUCGAUUCAAUUCGGCGCCUACGCCUCCUUCCUCUCCUUCUUCGGUCUCUCCGGCCUCCCUUCCGUCUCGGACAACUUCACAGGCAUAGUCGACUACGCAUCCUCCAUGGCCUUUGAACUGGUCACCAAUGCCACCGUCUCGCAAACUUCAUACCCGUCCGCCGCAGAUAUCUCCGUUCGCUUCCUCUUUGCUAACGGCUCUGCUUCGGAGACCCCGCUGACUGAGUACCCGCUGUUCGGACAGAGUGAGGUCACGCUACCAUGGACCACUUUCACGGAGGAGAUGGACAAGUUUGCGAUUGGUGAUCAGGCUACUUGGUGUGAGAGGUGUGGGAACACGACGGGUGUUUGUGCGACUGCUGAUGCUACGACCUCGGCUUCCUCGCCAUCUACAACUUCCUCCACUGGUGGUGGGAUGUCGAGAGUUGUGGCGGGGGUUAUCGGUGCCAUGGUUACGCUAGCGGUGGUUUUGGGGAUUGAGGCGUUGGUUGUGCUUGUUGCGGGGUUGAGACUCGUGAGGAAGGGGAGGGGAAACGGUGUUGCUGUUGUUGGUGAGAAUGUUGUGGGGAAGACUGCUUAA